AUGCCUAGCUCGACUAACUUGGUGGGAAAAUUCACCCAGAGCGUCCGGAGGAUCGUGCAGGACGUCAAGGACGAGGGCACCGCGACCGGUGCCACCAAGGAGGAAGUCAUAGAAACUAACGAGAGGCUUAGGGCAGUGAGAGUGAGGAUGGACGAAUCCUACGAUACCGCAAAGAAGGCGCUGGUGGGACUCAUGGAGAAAUACAAUGACAGCAAGAGCGUCCACAACAUUUUCCAGAGGUAUACCCUAUUGAAGGCGAUGAUAAAGGACGUGAUAAGGCUGGAAACGCAGUACUGGACCCUGGUAGACAUCCCUAAACAAGAAAAGCAAGAAACGGUCCCGGCCUUCGUGCUUCGCGCAUGCGCUAUCAUGGAGAAGACCCAGAAGUCUGGGGAGGGCGUCAAAACGUCGGCGAAGCUGGCUGAGGAGGCCCAGGACAAGAGGGAGAGAAUAGAGCGAUUAGAAAAUAUGACAACGUCGCAAAUUGACACGGAGAACACACAAAUGACAAAUGACCUCUAUAGACUGCUUAAGAAAUAUUCUGGACUAAGGAAUCUCAUUCGACAAUUAAAGACUGAAUAUACAAACGCCAAAAUCUACCCAAUGGUGCUACGUUAUUCCAUGUUAAAGGAUAUGAUUAAAGACAUUAUGUUGCACCCUGACUAUAUGGAGGUAUGCCACGAGGUGGACGCAUAG